AUGACUGUAGAGAGCGGAGAAACACAUGAAAGUGGUGACAAAUUGCAUGAUGAUGAACAGCAAGAAGAAGAAGAAGAAGAAGAGGAAGAUGAAGACGAGAACGACAAUGUGAGAGAAGAUGAAGCUGCAGAUAAGGAUACUGAAGAUGAACAGGCAGCUCAAACGGAAGAAGGGAAAAUGGUGGGCAAAGCAGUGCAGCUACCCACAAGGAGGUCAAGUAGACGUAAAGUCCCAGCAGUUAAAUCUCCUUACAUGUCUACUUAUGGCAGAAAGGUGAAAAUGAGUGAGAGGGAUGCAUUUUAUACUGUGUGUACUGAGUGGUGUCAACCAGAUGAGGCUCAAGAGGUCAUGGUAGAUAUGUUUGGGCAUUUGGCAACACGAUCAGACCUACAAGCACUGGGUCCCAGAAGGUGGAUAAGCAACAGGAUCAUGACUCUGAUUGCCCACACCUUGAACGCUGACCAACAUGAGAGUGCCUCUGCGGUUAAAAGACACAUAUUUGAUGCAGAUUUCACGGCAAGGAUGGUGCAGCAACACACAGCAUGGCAAGUGGACAAACACCUGAAAGAACUACUUCCCCAACACGUGGGAUACAAUUUGGCUGAAUGUGAAUACAUAUUUGCACCUGUUGUGUUUGCACUGCAUUGGUUUUGCUUUGUGUUUGAACCGAGCACACUAAAGUUUUAUGUGCUGGACUCUCUGCGUGGUGGUGAGGAUACAAUGAAGCACCAAAAGAAGAAGAAUAAGUCUGAUCCAGCAUUAAAGGGGCAGCAAAUGAUGGCGCAAACUUUUAGGGCACACUUCAUUGAAAUCCUAAGGAGAGUGAAGCCUGAGCUGGAGGGGUUGGCCAACCCAGAUUCAAACAAUGACAUCUUGUAUCCCACGGUUCAUGUUCAAGACAAUACUGAUGAUUGUGGGGUUCAUGUCAUCACAUAUCUAAGAGAGUGGCCCAACCCACAAGAGAAGGAUGGAGUUCUAUUCACCAUGCCUUAUUAUACAGCAGAUCAAUACACAUCUAUACGGUGUGAGCUAUUGUGGUGGCUCGUGACGCAUCAAAGAAACAUCAAGUCAGAUGCUGUUACCAAACACCUUGACCACAUUAACAGACAACGCAAGAGAAAGCGAUGA